GUAAGAAGCCUUUCACUCAUACUCUCUAUCAAGAACGACCUCUCUGCAGUGUGGAGUAUUGACGAUGGCUGAACGCAACAAAGCACCUUCAUUCUCUCCGGUUUCUGUGAUAGGGUCACAAUUCAUGGCACCACAUCAACUCGAUAUUAUAGUUGAUAGAAUUUCAAGCGGAAUCCUUUUGAUUACAGAUAUUAACCAUAAAACCAUGUUCAAAGUGAAACCAUGCGACUCAUUCUUUCAUGAGCGGCGAGUACUACUCGAUGUUGAUGACCAACCCAUCGUUGUGAUGCGCGAUAAGAGCAUGACUAUACACGAUGGAUGGUAUGUAUUCAGGGGUGACAGUGAAAGCAAAUCGGAUAUGAUAUUUACCACAAAAAAACCUUGCGUGAUCCAGCUGUUUAAGAGUGAUGUAAAUGUGUUCUUGGCAAACAAAACCAAUAGUAAAAAUGUUUGUGAUUUCAAGGUCGAAGGAAGCUGGUCGAAGAGAAACUGCACUAUUUAUAUGGGAGAUACUUCAACCACAAUAGCCCAAAUGUCCAAAAUGCAGUUAUCGGAGAAUAUUGUAAAGUUCGUUAAUGACAAAUUCAAGGUGACCAUUUCUCCCAAUGUGGACUUUGCGUUUGUGAUCACAAUUAUAGCAAUUGUUGAGGCUAUGGAAAACUCUGACACAGAAAGUAACGGUGCUGUGCAAGUUCUUGGAGGUGUGACUAAAGUUGUUGCCCCAAUACUCCUUUCAUAGUCAUAUUAGUUGCAUUCUCUACUCCUAAAUUCUUCAAUGGGUCAACGGGUUUAUAUAUGGCUUACCCGGCAAUUCAUAUCAUCUUUUCACAUCGUGAUGGAUAUGGUAUGAUUACCAUGAUAGGCUCAAAUUAUGGUUCCUUAGUUGUAUUCUAGUGCUGAAGAAUAAAUGCUGCUUAGGAAAAUUUUUGAAGAUUGUGUAGCUAUACAGAAGUAGUAUUCAAAAGUAUCAAAC